CCUCUAUGUCAGUCUUGAGCUUUGUAAUGCAGUUCAGGUCCAUUAAAUGCGUUUAGAGAAUUGUAACCUUUCCUGCUCUCAGAACUGAGAGGUAGGAUACUUGCUGGAGGCGAUUUGUUGCGCAAUCCUGCCCCCUUGUGGUCGUAAUAGCCAGUAAUAGAGUCUGGCACCUCAUUCCUAGAGUCUAUGAGCAACAUUGGUGCCACUACACAACUAUACAUUCCUAAUUCCUUGUAGCACAAAGACACAGAGGUGUUGUGCUUUCAAUACAAUAUUUAGACGCCAGAACACCCAAAACCUGCGUAUGUGUUUGUGUCCUUGUGUUUGUUGGUUUUACCUGUUUUUAUGAGUUUUUACUUACUGAUGUUACUGUGUGUUAUUUUUUGCUAUUCUGUUUACUGUCUGAUUAACCAGAGCCAAAUUUCUCAUAUGAGACCCAAAAAUCUGAACUUUACACUUUUGUAUGCAUAUUAAUUACAGUUUAAUCAGUUAACUGUUAAGUCAGUAGGUGUGAGAAAGACACCUGUUAAUGUUAUCAUUUCUGGUGAUUUGUUAAUUAUUAACCUUCAGUAAACUUUCCAACUCACCUCUUCGGUCAGCGCCCUCGCAGGCAAACACACAAAGCUGAGCCGAUUCUCUAAAAGCAGCAAAUUGCAGCCCUGUUACUGUAAUUUCUCAAAUGCCGCUGCUGUUUCUUUAUAUUACAAUAAGGUUGUAAAUAUGCGUUCACUUGAACAUUGUGGCAUCAGGUGUCAGGUGGUGAUUUUUGAAUUUCAUCUGUUGAAAUGAUCUGCCAUUUCUCUCAUAUGUGAAAAAUGCCAGCUGCUCCUCAUGGAUGUAGCAACGACACCUCGCUCCCCAUGUGCUAUGAGGAGUCAUCAGGUCUAUUUGCUGUCAUUAUCAUCCCUUGUCUGUUGGCUCUGAGCACGCUUCUGGUGGUGGCUUUUAUUUUCUACAGUCUCCACAAGAACAAACGAAGAGCACAGAGCACCUCAGCCCAUUUCACAAAUGGCCAACAGAGUGUAUCCUUCAGUGCAACUUCUGUAAGCACUUCAAAGGUCCAGGCAGCUUUGUAUUCCUGGGAAAUCCCUGAGGAGUGCGUUCUUGAGGGACUAGAGUUUUGGCAGAGAGGUCGCCAUGGCCCCAUUUGUAAAGGUCUGCUGAAGAAGAGAGGCGGAGCCUUGUCUGCUGUGGUGGUGAAGUCCCUUCGAGAUGGCACCAACGAGCCUGAAGCUAAGGAGUUUGUGGAGUGGGUCCGCUUCCAUGCCAAAGUGUGUAAACAUGAGAAUGUGGUGCAGAUGCUGUACUGUCAGAUCAAGCGUCUGCCCAUGUAUCUGGUCUUAGAUGCCUACAGCCCCGGGAACCUCCUUCACUUCCUCUGGUCACUCAGAAAUAGGGAUACAAGCAUAGCAGAUCCAUUGCUGAACUUCUCUGAGAAGUCAGUGUUUCUGGUGGCAAAGCAGGUUGCAGCUGGCCUGGAUUACCUGAUGUCAGAGCACAGGCUGGUUCAUGGUGAUGUUGGUGCCAGGAACAUCUUAAUUGGCCCAGGCCUCUCAGCCAGGGUGUCUGGGCUGGGCGUGGCAUUUGGAGGACGCAAAAUGGAUUUAGCAAUGAGGCAGAGGGCAGCAGAGGUGCCUCUCAAAUGGCAGGCUCCAGAGAGGAUUAUGAUGCAGCUCAGCAUCGACAGGAGCGACGUGUGGUCAUUUGGAAUCUUACUGUAUGAACUGAUUACUUUAGGCUCUCCUCCAUAUCCUGAGCUGGAGCCUCUGUCUGUGCUUCCAAAGCUACAGGGGUCUUAUCGAAUGAAGAGACCAGAGAAUUGUGGUGGACCUUUGUAUGAUCUGAUGAAGUACUGUUGGAUGUGGAGUUUCAAAGACCGACCUGCUUUCUCGGCCAUCAUAAAGCUGUUGGAGUCCUCUCUGCAUCUAGCGGCUACUAAAGCCAUUUGUGUUCCUGAGGUCAUUGACACAUUGGAGUAUAACAGAAAGGCAGGACUGCUCUCAUAG